CCAAAAUGCAAUUAAGCUCCCGCCGAUGGAGAUCGCGAGAGCGUACGGGGCACGAGGAGUUGGGAGCAGGCGGAAAGAAAACGAUACCGGGACACGUUGCGCAAUGGACGCCGAUCCGCUUGGCGUGCAGCGUCCCUCGCGCAGUGAUAUCGAGACGCGCGGAUGCGCCUCUGACUCGCCGAGACGAAUUUCGCGAAAAAUUCACCGCCCAUAGGGGCACCAUCGCCUCUGUAUGGAGUGGGGUGGGAUCCUGGGCCACUUUGACGACUAUCCUCCCUGCUCCCGAAUCCCUUUUAGGUGGGAGAGAAGGGGGUGAGGUGGGGAGGCCUCACCCCACCCUCAUGACGAACACGGAGCGAUAUCACCAAGCCUCCGAGUCGAGAGCACGUCAUUCGUCUCGCUGCAACUCGCUCGGAUGUCGAAUUUUGAUUUUGUCACUUCCGCGAAGAACACGUGGAACACAGAGAAUGGGAGCGAAUCAGUUUCGGUUAAGUCUGGGUGAAAGAUCGCCGGGACCGAACGUCAUAUAAU